AUGGACGCAAUCAAGUAUGUGUUUGAAAAACCCACAGUGAUAGGAUGGGUAGCACGGUGGAAGAUGCUAUUGAUCGAAUAUGACAUUACCUAUGUCACUAGGAAAGCCAUCAAGGGAAGCAUCAUAGUGGAAUAUCUGGAAGACAGAGAUGUGGAGGACUACCAGCCUUUGGAGUUCGAUUACUCGGACAAGGACAUUGACUCAAUAACCCAAGAAGAAGAAGGUCCCAAAAAAUGGACAAUGUUAUUUGACAGGGCAGUCAAUGUGUGGGGAUAUGGGAUAGGAGCCAUACUAAUAUCACCAGAAGGGAAACAUUAUCCAAUUAUAGCCAAGCUCGCUUUUCCUUGUACCAAUAACAUAGCAGAAUAUGAAGCAUGCAUACUAGGAUUGCAAGCCUCCAUGGAUCGGGGUAUCAAACAGUUAAUAGUGAAAAGAGACUCAGCCUUGGUCAUUGAUCAGUUGACUUAG